AUGGAGUUGCAAGUUUCGACAGAUUUACCGUCCACCGAGUUGUCAGUAACGACACCUGCCACUGCAGAAGUUGGCGAGAUCGAGGUGCCGUCAAACAUCUCGUCAUCUUUGCCACAUGUUCGGCCGGUCGAAGCUGAAAUGGUACAGUCAAAUCCGAUGUACAACAUGGAAGCGCUGCAGAUGGACGGUGACGAGUCUAAAACCUGCUCGACUGAACCAUCGGUCCGCCAGGCAAAUAGUAUCCAGGAUAUGGUGGUAACCCGCGGCGGUCGCAGUGACGCAGUCACGAACCCGACGGUGACCGCGGUAAUUACCAAACGCCGCUCCCUGUGGACCCAAAUUAUUUGUUGCGGCGCUUUAUCGGCAUAG